AUGGCGGCCGCGGUGGGUCAUCUUUCUAAACUACAACAGGAACUCUACCGUGAAAAACAUGGCUUUGAUAAGCUCUCCAGAAACUUUCAGUCCGCGCCGGUUCACGAUCCGUCAAACUUUCGCCGCAUAACAACAUAUCCUGAUCGGUAAGUAAAACAAUAAUUCAUAAACUUUCUUUAAACUAGAUAUCUAGCAGCUGGAUUUUAAAUAAUGUAUGAUAUUUAAUUCCAAACAAAGGGCUGCAAAUUCCACAUGAAUACAAAAAAAUAGUAUUCUUUUCGAAUCAAGGGCCCAUUAUAAUUUGCUUUUUUACACUUAUGAACAGCCAUUUCUAGAUUUCCACUUCACCAGGUGCAAAUAUUCUUAGCCAUUACAAGCAGCGGUUCGCGAGAGAUCACGCAAUCACCAAGACUAAGUCACGCCAAAGUUACAGCUGCUUGUUUGAUGGUCACGCUUGCAGUGCAAACAUGAAACCUAUCAGAAUCAGUCUUAAAAAGCAAAAAAAGUGAUAUUAUGUUUGGCACCCUUGGCAUAAGCAAUGAAAAACUGACUAAACGGCCGGGAAAAAAUAGAAAUAUGACGACAAGAAGUAUCUGCAGCAUUUCACAUAAAAAUAGACGGAAACGUUUUGAGGAAAAGAGUUUGAAAACUUCAUGUUAAUGGCUCUCGAGUCUUUGUAGCUGUUAUAUUGUAAAGCUUGACAUAUAAUUUUGAAUCUUACCUUUUUCGUCCAUUUCUCAUCACACUGGAAAUUUUGAUGUGCCCAUUAACCUAAUCCCCUAAACGCACAGAUCAAACCCAGUAACCAUUACCACAGGUGUCCUAAGCUCACGUUAUGAUUAUGGAAAGUACAUGUAAAACAAUAGAGUUGGUGUCGCGUUACAGGCGACCGUUGAGACGUUGUAUGAGAAAAAAAACACCGAGGUCUGCGAACGCUAAAUAUCAUCAUAUAAUAGAUAAAGAGGACUUACCUAUGAUGUAUUCCUGUGUUUUUUUUGGUGUGAAUCCAUCGAUUUAGUAGUUUUUUGGUUAUUAUACCCCUGUCACUCCAUUACUUUGUCUUAUGAAUGGAGUGACACACAAUAACAACCAAAAAACCACUAAAUAGAUGAAUUCACAAAAAAAAACACAGGAAUACGUAAAGGUAACUCUCCUUUAAUUAUUUUAUGGAGAAAAAGGUAAAAUAUGAUGAUAUUUAAGCAUUUGCAGAACUCAGUACUUUACUUCUCACCCAAAGUCUUAAUGGUCAUCUGUAACGUGGCACCAACUCUCUUGUGAGAAAAUAAAUUUACAUCCCACACUUGUAACGUGAGCUUGGGAUGCCUGUGCCAUUACUAGAAAAAGACAGGAAGAAUAGCCAGGGGCUUACUGAAGCUGGUGUCUGUUUAAAAUGGGGGUCUGUGGGGAGAAAUGAUGACCUGAAAUAUGUCUGCAUUAAUUUUGUUACUAGGCUAGGAGAACACACCGGGGGGGGGGGGGGAGAGCACUACUCUAUUUGGCUAGUACCAGUAUGUGGCACUGAACAGGGUGUUGUUUUCACUUUGAAUUUUGAGCAGGGUAUAAAAUUUCACUAUCAAAUAUCUUGAACGAUGAUCUCCUGACUGGGUGCCUUUUUGGACAGCCUUUAACAGGGUGUAAAAGUUGGCAAUAAACUGCCUAAUUUUGUGCUACAAAAAAUCUUCCAACAAAAUCUAAUUCCAUGGUGUUGGUCCAAAAAGUACACAUAGUAAUGUAUGCAAAACAAAAUGAACCACAAAGGACUCCUCUCUUAAACAGGGUAGUAAAACGGGUUAGUGUUAAGAGUUAAGGAUUGAAAACCUCAGUGGCACACUUCUACCCAAACUUCUCUUGAGUACCCCCCAGGGGGUACUACCCUAGAAGCUCACACCUUUGAUCCUCAUAAAAUGAAAAAUGAAAGUGCCCUUAAGUUCUUUUAAAAGUUACAGAUAUUUUAUCUUAUCUGCAGUAAUUUCCAAAGGGUUUAUAAUACAAUUAUUAUUGCAAAUAUUAAUUAACCCAUUCACCCCUGGAAAUUUUGCCACAAAACGCAUAUUUCUGAAGCUAGUCAAGUAGUUUUCUGGUCACUGUCGUGCUAUAAAGAGCUAAGACCUACCAUAGGGCCAUUUACAGGUUGUACACUUCGCAGCCCUCUGAUCCAGAUGCAAAAUAUUAGCUCAUGAAGUUUGGGCAUGCACAGAAAGGCUUAACUUUUACUUUCUGCUUUCUCUGACCUCCCCUCUUUUUUCGCUUUUCUUGCCUCAUUUUUUUCUUUUGUUCGGCAUUUAGUAGGCUUUAUUUUGGUGGAAAACGUUUUUAAGAAAGCAUUCAGGAUCUUAGAAUUAGAUGAAAGGAAAGGUAGAUGGGUUAAAGUGGAACAAGAUUUUCAUGGAAAUUUUCAGGUCAAUGUUACUUGGGUUUUUUUGCCUUUUUCUCCGGCGUCCUUGAUUGAAUCGUGCUCAUUCUGGUCUGGUUUUAAAGAUCUCUUCACUCUGCACAAGUUGUCAGACAAGGAUGUCCUCAACCAUUAAAACUGUUGACGUCACAACGGGUAGAAGGGACAUGGAUCUGCACAGGCGGCUCAGGGGUGAAUGGGCUAAUAACAUCAUAAAUGGGGAUGUAACAUGAUCGGUGAGAUGUACCAAUCAAUUCCAAAAACCGCCCAUCCCCUCCCCAGGCAUACCCCAGGCAUUUGACUGGAGUUUUGCUCCAUACAGUGGAGAAUUUGACCCAAAAUGAGGCUUGCAUCCAUUCAUGUGAUAAUUUAAGUACUUUUAAAUCUCUCCUUAAGACUUAUCUUUUUAGGAAAGCUUAUUAUUGUUAGUAUGGCCAUUUUUAUCUCAAUUUUAGUUCAUUUACUAUUUGAUUAUUUAUUUAGUAAUCGUUUGGUAUGUUAAUAUUUACUUAAUUGUUUGGAAUGUUGUGUAAAGCGCCUAGAGCAGGAUUGAAUAGGUGCUAUACAAAUUUUAAUUAUUAUUGUGGUUUGGCUUGCCCAGUCGGGCAUUUAACUUUCAUUUCAAAAUGCUGGUCAGCAACGCAAGCAAAAGGAUUUCACAAUUCUUUCCACAUUCAGCAUGUGCACUGUGUUCACAGGUCAAUGCUCCUAUAUUCAUUGUUUUGUUGGAGCAUUUGAGAGUCUUUGAAAAAGCCUGUUAAUUAAAUGUGGACUUUCUGCAAUGAACAAUUUUAAUGAAUGAAGACAGCUUUCUGAAAACUUAGAUAUUUCGGUUAUGCUUAGAGGGAUAUUUACUUUUGAAUAAAUGGUUUGAUGUAUGGGAAAAUGUUUGAAUGGUCACUGGUGGGUGGGGAUGUUGACGCUUGUUGAAGCACUAGCCAUUGGGGCAUUUGACCAUCUAGACUGCCACCAUACCCAAGAAUUUGACCAAAAUUUUUCAAAAAAGUCAAAUGCCUGGGGGUGGGGGGCAUGGGCAGUUUAGGAAUUGACUGGUACAUAACCCACCAAAAUUUUUGCAGAUAUUCUCGUCACCUUGAACAAGCUGAUAUCCACGUCAAAUGUCCAUGGGGACGGGCACGGAGCUAUGCAGGUGAGGCUCCUGUGUAUCUUCCUGAUAAUCAUCGGCCAAAGUGGGAGCCACCAGCCUUCCUACAGAAAGGACACAGACACUAUGGUAGUGGAGUAACUCCUCAUCCAAGGUGAUUAAAUAGAUAUUUAGUAUUACAUUAAUAGCCCAUCACCAACAGAUCGGUGUGGGUAAGGUUCCUGGACAAACUGAGCGACCGUGAGAGCAGCAACCACCAGGCACUGUCACUGGGUGGCAUGGCAAGUGGGUACCUAUCACACAUCAUGCUGACUUCUUUUUAGGCCAUCACACCUCACAGGGAAAAAAAUUAGCCAUCUUGCCAUAGCGUAAAUGCAGAUGUACAAUUAUUACAGUAAGUUAGCAUGGCAAUGUCUUAACUCAUUGAAUGAAUCAGCUCUAAUAAAUUGUUUUCAGCAUCCUUUUUGGGUAGGAUUGUGCAUUAACAGUUAAUAAUUAUUGAAGGACCUUAACUGCAGUACAAAAGUGAGCUCUGUGAAUCUGGUGUUGUUCAAAUAUUAACCAUAUAAUUUUAACCUUUAUUCGCUGAUCUGAGAAUAGAGGUCAUGAUACAAUUUUGACUGGAGAUUAGAGGUCAAGGAACAAGAAAAGCACCAGAAGAUUAUUUCAUAAAUAUCUGUUUUUAAUGUUUGAGCUUCUAUGUUUCAAGUAAUAUUCAGCGGUCUCUGAAAUCUAAUAGGAAAAUCACGGGUCACGCAUAUUUGUGAAUAUAGUAAAUCAUGCACCACUCACGCAGAUGCAAUUUGGCCUGAUCACGCAUCACACAGAUAAUUUAGGACCCAUGAUGUAGAGAGAAGCAUAACCGGAGAUAAGUCUGACAGAUCUGCAGACUAGAUCUACCUGAAAACUCCAAAACUACCUCCCCUUCCCUUGAAAUAUGCAUAAUGAAUGCACACCAGUAUUAGAAGGAUCCAUGCAUUUGGAUUUUGCAGCUAUUUUGAACAACCUAAACUUAAAAAAUGUUAGAUUUUGCCUGGGUACCUUGUCACCAGCCCAAUAUCCCCACGAAAGACCUGCCAACCCCUGAUCAAGGGAAAUCUGGAGACUAAUGAAAAAAAAUUAGGAGAUAAUUCUACAAAACGCAGUGAGAGUCUCAUUUUUUUCCAGAACGAAAUUAAAUGGACCCUUUUUCCAUUGGGUGAUUUAAGUAUUAUUUAAAUAUUACCUUGUUUUAGUGUUACACUUGUAACAAGAUGCAACUUUCUACAAUGAGGGACAAAAGUGUUGACACACUUCCGUAAAAUGGCCCCUUUUUGCAUAGUGGAUAUACUAGUCUUAUCCUCUUCCCCUGUCUACCCCAACCCCUUCUCCCCCAAAAUCAAUGUUGAAUUUUGGACCCUCAAGUCUUUUUUUCACGUCAGACAACAUUGAUUCGGGGGGUGAGGGGAUUUACGGCGUUUAAAAAGAAUGAAAUAAUAGAUGAAUUAAAUGUUUGUUAAAAGCACCCGUUUUAAACAAGUGUGUCAACUACUUUUGUCCCUGAUUGUAGUUCUUUUGAUGACUUGAAGAGGCCAGUCGGAAGAGGUCAUAAUUGGGACGAAACUUACAGUAAAGGGUCAUCGUUUCUUCCGGAUAGUAGCUAACUUCAUGGCCAAAGUUUUAGACAAAGUGCUGUAAAGGCUUAAACAGCCCGGGGGGGAGGGGGGUACUUCUUUAUAAGAGGCUAAUGGGGAUGUGCCGCUGGAUGGGGUCACAUUUUCACGACUUGAUUGACUAUAAUGGGGUCGCAUUUUCAAUCGAGUUACCAGAAUGGGGUCGCACAUUUUCUGAUUUUGGGGGUAAGACAGUUCUUUAUAUUUAUGGUUAGCAAACGUACCAGAAUGUUUGUACUGUUGGUGAAAAGUAGAGUGUUCUUCACUUGAUAUAAGGUAGAUACAUUAAAAGAAAGUGACUAAGUUGGGAUCGCAAAAAUUACACAUUUUCCCAAGAGUGACUAAUAUGGGGUCUAUAAUAAUAUUGGCCACAGAAAUAUAGACUAUAAUGGGGUAGGGGUUCUGAGAGGUCAGCAGCACAUACCCAGCAAAAUUAACUCAAGUAGCCCCCCUGGGUUAAACAGGCACUAGCAUUCCCCACGAUAUUUCUGUUUUUAUUCGACAAUGUAGCAUUUCAUUUUAAGCCCUGGUUUUUCAAACAAUGGAACGUUGGAUGGCACUAUCCAUCGGAUAAAUCACUAUCCAGCAGAUAAGUGUUAGGAAAACCGAUUGCUCCUAUCCACUGGAUAGAGAUUUAUCCAGUGGAUAGAGACACAGCUUUAGCAGAGAUCUUUCUUUAAUCGUUUUUUUAAUCCAGUGGAUAUCCCCCUUGGGAUCUGUGGUCUUAAAAAUAACUCGAGACUAAUUACCUAUGGAAUUGGGUGUGUAUGGAGGAUGCCUUCUCUGUCCCCGUUAUCCACCUUUUGAACAACUGGGCCCAGAAUGGUAUUUCUCAAAAAACCCGUGAGAUUGGGAGUCUCCUCCUGAGGCCGAGUGAAAAGUUUAAAAAAAGUGAGACUCAUGGCAGAAUCUUGAGAGUUGGCAGGUCUGGCUAUUGUCAUGCAAAUUAUUGUUUUGUCCGCCAACGUGGCCGGGAUAUCUUGUCACGUGGAAGAAAGCCUGCAGUCUCUACAACUCUUCGCAUAUUUUUAAAGGUGAUCUCCCCUGUGAUCUGUCCAGAAGAUCAUUAGAAGUAUUUAUUCCCGAAAAGAUGAGAAAGUCACAUACCUCGGAUUAAUUUCCUGAACGAGGAGCGCUCAUUUUUCAACGUUCUGCAGGAAGGAACUCGGAAGCAUAUAAGAAAGAAAGAAUUCACUCUUUUUUGCGAUGAUAUGAAAAAAGUGGCCGGUAUUUUGCAUUUAAGCUCACAUAGGAACAAUUCUUCGUGAAUGAAGGAACACUGUAUGUACCCCACGAGAAAGGCACCCCAGUUUCUUCUUCAACGAUCAAAUCCACCACGCCACCACUCAACAUCAACACCGACUCAACACAUUACUCGAACAUUGCUCAACACCUCACUGUAUACGAUUGGGAUCCAGGCCACAACCAUACGUCACUGUAACUCGAGGUCAUGUGACAUCGUUUUAUGAAACUGAAAGUUAUGAUUUUGCUUUCGAAAAACGAUUAGAGGGUCAUAUCUUAGGCAAAAUAACAGUGAUCUGGUUUUCACCCGCACCAUUUUCUGGAAAAGAGUAAGUUCGUAAAUGGUCACGUGACUAAAACGUGAUUUUUUUUUUAAUUAUGAAUUUUUUCUUUCUGGACACAACUUUGUACUUAAACUUCAAGGAAAAUGUCGAAAGAUGGUGUGGUAAUGUUAACAGCACAUCUGAGCGUAACUAUCAAACUUUUAACAAGCUACAAGCAAAAAGCAUUUUUAGCCGCCAUGUUGGAGGGCAAGAGUAUGCCCUCCAACAUGUCGGUCAAUACAAAUCAUGCUACUUUGUUGAUAAAUGAAAGUGCCAUAAAAUAUCUCCCUUAAAUGCGUUUCCUCUCAAAUUUCGGGCGUAAGAUAAUUUUUAUACACUCCGUCAAUUUUUGGCAUCAGCAAGAUUCCAACUCAUUGUUUAAAGGAAGCGUUGGUCACGUGACCUCGCUAUGCAAGUGGCCUAUUUUGUUGCAACUGAUAAGUAGAGAAGCUAAGAGUCUAAAUUCAGUUAAGUGGAAAAUGGGGAGUGUGGACGGUGUGGAAAAUUCCACUAAACCUCUAAAUUUGUUCUAGCCUGUAAACAGGCUCUCUGUUUGGUGAAAGGGUGAAAAAAUCGCAAAGAGAGGGAAAGGAACACCUUUCCCUUCCCUCCUCUCGCGAUUUUUUCACCCUUUCCUCAAACAGAGAGCCUGUUUACAGGCUAAAUUUGUUCAGAGCUGUGUUGUUUUUAUGCUGGACCAGAGGCACGAAAUUAUUUUGCCAUAUUUUAGCAAAAAUGUUUCCCCAAAAUAGUGCCGAUUCUCGAUUAAAACCCAUAGUUCAAAAAGACUCACUGAGCCGUUCACCAUUUGUUUUAUAAGGCAAUGACAAGAAAAAAACAUUCACAUUUUUUUUGCAGAGUAGUAGUGUUGGUAGUACCCUCUCACUUUAGGGGAGUCGUAUUUCUCCCCCCCAAUAAACGCCUGUAAGGAGCUAAGAAAUACGAAUCCCCUAAAAAUGUCUGCGUGGGAGGCUAAGGUCCUCUGCCUUGUGAGGGAAUGUAGAGAGGAGGGCCAGAAAAGGUUAUCCUUCCCGGACGAGGGUGUCAUGCGGGCGCUAUAGCGUGUAUACUGAAUCCCUCUUUGCAAAGUCUCUUCGUAAAAAGUUGUUUUCGGUGAAUAAGUGAAUGCAGAUCGUACUUACAUACCUGCCGCCCGCAAUGCCCGCUGGCAUGAAAGGUAGCAACGAAAGUCCCACUCCUGUCUGUUCUGGGCCAGCUUCCGGAUGGUACCCCGUUUGUCGCCAGGUGUUCUUGGGUCUGCCUCUCUAGUGCUUGCCCUCUGGUGUCGACUGUAGGGUUGUGCGGGUUAUGUUACCAGAGCACGUGCCCAUUCCACCUCCACCUUCUCCUCAUGAUGAUGAUCGCCAUUCUGUCUCAUACGUUGUCUUCACAUUCCAAAGUCCUAUCCUGGUCUUGAAUUUAGAGAGUUUUGGACUUCCAUCAUCCUGUCACUAGUUACCUGCCGGCUUUCACCACUGUCAUUCAUCCGAGUUUUUUCUGGUAACUGUGAAAGCCCGUUAAAUCCAGUUGUUUUGGUUCCUUCUGUUGCUGUUUCCGUAACAAAAGACUUUUUACGGGACUGGAUUGUUAGUCCAGUGCCCAACCCCCAACCUGGAGGGUUAGUGGAUUACUUUUCUUCUGAUCUCUACCCUUCCACCUGUCCGGAAUGGGUGACCCUGCCAGCUCCCACCACCAUAGCUCUCCGGGUCACUGAGGUACACAAGCCCCCUGACCUCAACAAGGUAAUGAUCCCCCACGAAGAAUGAGAAUUGUAAAACUGUUUAAAGGUAUCCUGAAUGACGUUUCUUCGUUGCCCUUAAAUAAAACCUCUGCAAACGAUGAGGUGAAAAAACUAUAACAGCGUGAUAACUAGUACUGCUUUGAACGGACGCUAACUUUUGUCAUGCAUGUAUAACCUCCGUUGUCUUGACUGAAAGAUGUCAAUCUUGGCCAAUUUUUGGAGAAAAUAUUUUAAUGAUGCUCGAAUUUCCGCUCAUAAAACGGUAAUUGCCUGUUCCAGCCGUGAUCAGUUCAAGGUUUCCCUGAGUACUCGCGCUUUUCUUUCCUCUUAGGUGUUUCAAUAGGUUUUAUAAACCCUCUAUUUUAGGUCCGGUGUGUGGCACUUUGCGCGCGCUCUCGCGCGCUCGUAAAAUUCGUCGAAAGAAAAACGGUUGUGGACAGUCUACGGAGUUCAAAACUACGGAGUUCAGUCUACGGAGUUCAAAACCCAUGUUUGUUUCCAUGGCAACAAUGACGAAAACCUGGAGCUUGUAGACUCGGUAUCACGUUGUGCGACGCCCCUCCUCGGCUGUAAUCUAAACAAAUGGACUUCAAGAAAGUCUAUGGAGCUUGCUACAUUACCCGACAUCGUCAUACUAGAGUUUCCAAACUACGCCGAAAAUUAUGCUUGCAAAAUAGACCAAUGUGAAAUCUAGGGAAGAAACAAUUCUGUCAAAACUUUUGCCUUCUUAGGAGAUUGAUAAGAACGUCUCCUUGGUGAAACCCGUGAAGCAUAAGUUUUGCGCAUCACUGCAGAUAUUAAACCUAUUCACAACGCACCUCAAGAGCCACAUCACCUGGGCAUGCCCCCCCUGUACCACUUGUGAUGUAAUCAACGCUGGACACUAACUCGUGCAAGAGGACAUAGAUUUUCCAAAUCAUGCGCCGAACGCUGUCAUAAAGGCUAGUCAGUAUAUGGGGAAAAAAUCAUACAACCUUGACUAGAACAUUGAAAUACAAAAUUUGCUUGAUUUCUUUUUGCAAAAAGUAAAAAGAAGUAAACCUUUGUAUAUAGUGGUUCUAGCUGCUUUACAGGCACUCCACUUGAAUUCCUGAAUCAGAAACAAGUACAGAAAACUAACCUAACUGAAACAUAACGUGGCUAAAAACCCAACUGAGAGGAGCAACCAGUUGGCUCAAAAGGAUGAAAUUUGCGUUGAAAUGGGGACUGCCGAGAAAAAGGCCUGAGCGGGACUCGAACUGGGACCACCAAACUGCGUGUCCGACGCCCUGACCAUAUGGCCAUGCAAAAACCCAUAUCCCGUUGAAAAUUACAAUCCAGGAUCUCACUACCUCUUUCCUUUAACAUCCGAAUACCGGGCCCUGAACUUGAUAAAUAUCAGACUCCCCUGAUCCAUCCAUAAUUACUGGGAUCUUAACAUUAAACUUAAACUUUUUUUGUUCCAGAGGUCUUCCACUUCAGCAGUUCUACAACUUGACACAACUUAAACGAAGUAAAGUGAGAUGGAAUGACGAAUUGUAAGUAAAAACAACAAAAGAGAAACUUUUAUCCAAGUGGUCAUGAUUUUUAGAGAGAGAUUAUUGCUUUUCGUAAGCGUAGUCAGCAGUCCCCAAGCAGGGGGUUAUACCCCGUAGAAUAACUAAAAGGGGAUGUUCCGUCCAAAAGGGAUACCUGUUUUAGGUUAGAGCUGUGUAAUAGUAGAUGAGUUUCACUAGUUAGAGUUUAGAAAAGACAAGGCAAACUGUCCGUGAUAUUGAGGUGUUCGUAUUAAGCGGGUGUCCGUAACGUGGGGUUUGACUUUAUCUUGAACAGGUGUAUCUAAUGGUCCAUUAAUUGGGAGUGAUGAAUUGAAUGGUUAAAUGGUUGAAUGGGUUAAUUCAAUUUCGUUUUAAAAUGCGAAACGAGGAACAUAUUCUGUUCACGUUAUAUAAAAGAAGGUAAUCGGUAUGUUGUUUGUAGCAAGGGUCAUCCGUACAAAACAAAGGUGCCGGAUGCUACAUGGUGGAACUACUCAGCCUGCUGGUUUCGAUAAAUACGUGAAAAAACGAGGCUAGCUGUCUGUGACGAUUUGGACAUCUGGACCGAGUAUCCUCUUACAUAACUAUUUCCACUUUAGCCGGCGUAGCUGGCAGUUUUUUUGGUGUGAUUUUUCUUUUGUGAUUCGUAAAGUAAGAGAUUCAGCUGCGCGAAGGCUGAAACGAGGACGAAAAAAAAAAACGUUGUGGGAGGGGGCGAGGGGUGAAGGCAGUGAGAAAAACCACUGCCUUCUCCCCUCGCCUCCUCCCCCAUCGUUUUCUGUUUCGACCUUGGUUCAGCAUUCGCGCGGCUGAAACUUUUACUUUGCGAACCGUAAAAGAAACACACCGCAAAAACUGCCAGCUACGCAGGCUAUUUCCACUCGAUUGACACUGUGAAACUGCCUUUUCGAAAUCUAUGACGGAAGCAAGUAUGCUGUAGUUAAGGGUGGGUUUAGAGCAGGAGGUGACGUCCAAGGAGAUACUUGACGUCCGCAAAGCGGAAGUAAUUCCUUUCUAUUUAUCAUUUCUGUCUAACUGAGCGAUGAAACUCAAGUUGGUUUGCAGUUAAGUUAAGACUUCAAUGUGGUUGUUUGUGGUAAGUUAGAGAGCCUUGCUGACUACCAUGAGAUCUGCCCGCUGAUUAAAAGGUUUUCGAACUAUGUUCAACAAAUGAAAUGGCAAAGUGUUAAGAGUCCAGACUAAGAAACAAUUUUCUCUUCUCAGGUUACCAAGGCCAACUACUGCAGAUGUACAGUAAGUACAAGUUAAAACGAAUACGGGCUCAAUCUAUUUUCCCCUUUAGCAAACUCAUAAAUACCCCCUACCUGGCCCCAGUUGUUCAAAAGGUGGAUAAUACUAACCCACUAACCAAUGGAUAAGUCUCUAUCCAGUAGAUAACACAAUUGUUUCCUGGUUAAUGCUUAACCAUAAGUGGGUGAAGCUUUAUCGUCCGGGUCAGCGUAGUCCUGUGGUUGACAGUCCUAUUUAGGACUGGACUCACACUCACCGGGACGAUCAUUCUUCACGCUCUUAUGGAAUGACUCUUGGGUUCAAACCUUUGAAAGUAAUACUUAUCCACCAGAUAGUGAUUUGUCCGGUAGUAGAUAGAGCUAUCCAACGAUUGAACAACCGGACCCUGUACAUUCCGAUCCGUGGACUCAUUAUUUUCAACAAGAGACCAUGGCGAGACGAGGCGAGAACUCGCUAUGAUCACGUGACCCGAAUCUCGUAUAGGGCCGAGCGGAAUAACGAGGCCUAGGGAUUGGGCUGGUCCUCCCCAGCCCCUCGGUAACAUUGCUUUGCAGCCAAGAGCUAUGAAUCACAAUCAGGCUUAUUUGAUAGCCUGAAUUUCAUCCGAUUACUUCGAGUCGUUAUUACUCCCAGGAGAAAACGACUCCAAGCAAUCGGAUGAAUUUCAGGCUAGCUUAUUUGACUACUUGAAACAAGGGGCGCCAUAUUCAUCAAUUAAAUGCGUUGCCGGAAAAUGUGAUUUAAAAAUAUCUUUUAAACCGCAGCCGGUAAAUCUUCAACUUACUAGACUUGGUAUUGCCUUAUAAUUAGUUGUUGUUUUGUACUUAUGAUGAUAUGUUGUUAGGCGUUGUGCUUUUUGUUGUUGCUCUUUACGUCUGUUUUAGGUUUCACCGUUGAAAGCGUUUGAAUUCACGUGUAUUAUGCGUGUGUGCCUUGGUAAGGUAGUUUAGUCAGUAGCAGGUAUAAAAAAUCGCGGCGCCAAAUUAUAAUCAGCCGCUUAACGUCGGUGGAUGAGAAGUGACUCAGUCUUGGAGCGAACUAUUUUUUGCUUUGACUAACGAAUUCGUUUUUGCUGUGAGAAAUUUGUUUUCCCUGCGACAAAUUUGUUUUUGAUGCGAGGAGUUUGUUUUGCUGUGACCAAUUUGUUUUCAAAGUGACGAUUUUGUUUUUGAUGUAAGGGAUUUGUUUUUGUUGUGACCAAUUUGUUUUUGUUUUCGAUCUGAGGGGUUUGUUUUUGCUGUGGGGGAUUUACUUUUGUUGUUACGGAUUUUAUUUAU